CAGUCAGGCCUGCAUACGCACAUACAGACACACACUUCGGGCAGAUUACUCCCACCACAGACCGCCAUAAUGCCGCUGAAAAACGGCAACACCGUAGGCGUGGAGAGACGCAUGGACCUGGCGUCUCUCUUCUGCAUGAUCGGGCGGCACGGUCCCGCCGUGGCUCUGGCUGUGAUCGCGAUCGUGUCGGUGCUGGCGGGGUUCGUCAUCUACCGGACCGUGAGGGGGAAGAGGAGGAAGGCCCCGGCCGCAGACGGUGAUGGCAAAAGCCCCGGAGAGGAGAGAGACGCAGCGGGGGUCCAGGAGCAGAGCCCGGAGGAAGCCCGCAGCUGUGUGCAGUCAACAGACGCGAGUGAUGACGUUUUAUCAGAUGUUGGUCUGAUUCAGAGUGACCUCAAAGUCAGGCACCGUCGUUCUGCUGCUGCUGAAAACACAUCUUCACCUUACCCUCAUCUCAAGAGUGAGACCCAAGUACCAGACAACAAGCACACCACUUCAGAUGACGCGGAGGAAGUGGCAGUUGUGUGGGACUCUUACCAAGUAUCAGAGGCGUAUGCAGAAGAGGCUUCUAAGAGCCAGCAAAGUGGUACUUACACGGAGGCUGAAUUGGUGCUGGAGGAUGCUGUUGACUGCCAGGAUGUGUUGGAAGAACUCCAUUAUAAUGAGAGCUGCCUGAACAAGACUGAGACUAUUAAGGAUGAGAACAAUGAGGAGGAAGAGAAGGUGUUGAAAUCAGAAGGCCAGGAGGAUGAGGAUCUGAGCACAGAUGAGGAUGUUUCUGACAAGCAAACCAGAGAAGAGGGGGACAACUUUCUGUGUGCUUUCAUUAAUCCAGUUUGCUUCGAACAAACCCGUCAUAUGAGUGAAAACAGUGAUGAAGACAAAGAUAAUAAAACAACAAACGACAUGGAGGACUCUGAAGAGCCUGUCAUUCAUAUAGAAGAUGUACCUGUUCCUUGUGUUUGUUAUGACAAUGAAGAGUUUGAAGAAGAGGACCCAGAAAGUAUUGAUUGCAAUAGUUAUUCCGCUGAUAAUUACUUCUCUCCGGAUGAGGGAAAUGGAUGUGAGGAGGCAGAGGAGGAGUGUUUAAAGGAUGAAGGUCAUGAUGACAGUCUGUCAGGUAUGACAACUGAUCAACCAAACGCUCAAAUCUCAGGCAUUGAAGAUUUCAUCGACUUGUCAUCAGAUUGUCCACAGAGAGAAUAUAAAACAGCUUCAUCUCUUGAUGAAGACACUGAUAUUACCAUUAUUUGCCCUCACAUAUCGUCACAAGAGACAGGAAAUCAGCAUGAAAACAUCCAGAAUGGUACAGCUGUGGCGUUGGCUGAAGAACGCGAUGACCAAGUGUAUGAACCUCAUGUUCAAUCUCGCUAUGAAGACAUAGAAAAUGUCCAAAUGAUAAGGAAUGAAGCUUGGGACGAGGCAAGUGUUUCUGAUGAGCCUGAUGUAGUUGCCAGUGAUGGUGAAAACAUUGCUACCCCAGAAGAUAUUCAAAAGGCUGCUGAUACGGACACAAUUGAAAAUGGCACUGAUUCUGUAAUUGUUGAAGAAAUAUUGUGUCCUCAACUGCGCCCCAUUUGCCAAGAACAACAAAGUGACCAUGUAGAAACAAAUGAAAAUGUCGACGAGACAAGAGUCGAUGACCCUGAUGCUUGCAAAAAUGCUAGCUGCACCGCACUACUAAUGUCAGAAGCUAUCUCUUGUCCUGUAAUGUUGUCUUCCUCCCAUGACCAACAAAGUGACCACAUGGAGAAUAAUGUAACUUUGGACAAAAUAACGGUUCAAUCCGACAUCGAUGCCCCUGCCUGUGACCAUUCUACAACCACUUCACUAAUAAUGCCUAUGGAACCAUCCCAUCCUGACAUGUUAUCUUCCUCCCAAGACCAACAAAGUGACCAACAAAUAAUUCCUGAAGAUACCACUGGUGCUGCUUCCGUCAUGACCGAGGACAAUAAGCCUCCGAAAUGUCAAAUUCGCUUGCCAUCUUUCGAGCAAUUCGAAAUGAGGGAUAAUGACCCAUCAUUGGUUGGUAGUGCUGGUGUAGAGAGUGGGAUUUCAAGCAUGGCUGUCAGCCCUGAUGCUGGGAACGACUUUGACGUGAUCUUUGAACAUACAGUGCUUCCGAUGAUGGAUUGUUAUCUAAAGUCUGACGGACAGAUGGAGGCUCAAAAGAUCCUCUUUGCUAAUGAUGCAGCCAUAUCCAGCAUUGAAGACGAUACGGCAGGUAUGGUGUUCCAACCUUUCCCAUCCCAUCACUCCCAGCAACCCCACAGCGAGCAAACAAGUUGGACUGAUUAUGAAUCAUUAGCAGCAAACAAGGACAUGUUUGGCCAUGAGAUCGAGGAGAGUUACCACAGAAGAGCGAUAGAUCAGUUUGCGGCGGAGAUUGCAAAUAGUGUUACUAGCUUUGUCGAGGAGUUGGACAAACAGUCAGAUGUGAAAGUUGUAGAGGUUGUAGAGGUUGUAGAGGUUAAAGAACAGAAGGCAGGAGUAAGUGUUGAAAAGAAAGAGGAAACAAAAGCAGAGAAAGAAGAGGACUACGAAAAGACUGAAAUCAGUAUCAUGGAGGCAACUAUGGACCAUAAUGAAUGGAUCAUGGAUGGAAACUACCAAACCCUUCCCUGGAUGAAUCUUUCUGCUUUAUCUAUUCCUCAAGACCUUACAAAAACCAACGAGCUUCCCACUGAAGAGAGCCAAAACAGCUCGGCUUCAACGGACACCACUUGUGUGGAUCCAAUAGAAAUCCCACCUUCUACUGAUGUCCAACAAACCAGCACUCUCUCUCUCGUCGACGAUAACACGGAAAAUAACAAGAAGGUUGUGGCGGUCCAGCCCAUGCCCCAGAACGUUAACGUGACCUUCCGCGUCCAUUAUAUCACCCAAUUGCCAAACCAGACGGUGGCUGUCACGGGGAACCAGCAGGAGCUUGGGAACUGGAAGGAAUUCAUCCCGCUUGAGAGAGCCAAGAACGGGCACUGGGCCACGGUGGUCAGCCUGCCCGCGGAGAGUCACGUGGAGUGGAAGUUUGUGGUGGUGGACAAGGGAGAGGUGUGUCGCUGGGAGGAAGGCGGCAACCACCAUCUUGACACGGGUUACGGAGACGAUCUGCUGGUGCACCAACGUUGGGGACUCUUCUAAAAGGCGAGGUUCGAAAAAGAUUGACAAGGGCAUGUUCAGUAUUGGUGGUGGAUACGGAUCCAGAGAGUUUAUAUCGUAUGGUAAUGUAUAUCCAUCGUUAUGGUUUUACAACUUGAUUUGAAUUUGAACAGUAUUUGGCCACACGUGUUUUGACCUGAAGGGUUAGGGUUAGGGUUAUCCACACAAUGGCAUACUUUAGUUAUCUAAUGGGAUUUGUCUUAGAGGAUUCCUCUAAACUAGACAGUGAUUAAAUGGAUCUUUGAGGGAACUUUGAAGAUUGCCUUCAAAAUACAGAAGCAUUACAUGAGACGUCUUCCUUUCUUCCGUGGCAGUAUCUGUGAUUAUGCAAAUUGCACCUCUUUAAAAAGCUCUACUUAAUGCAAGUGUUUGAUUAAUGUGAAUGGAGACUUUAUUAUACUGUCCUUAUGCUGCUUAAGUACUCUCCAACAAUGUCUGAGAAUAAAUGCACAUAGUUCACUUUUACUACAGCAAUAAAGAAAGCAAUAAAUGUAUAUUGUAUACUGGUGUUAUAUCAGGUAUUCUAAUGUGUUUGCCUCUUAACUUUGAUAUAGUUGAUGCUUCUUUAUCUCGCCGGACUGUGUGCAUGUACCACUGUCCCAUUGUUGUUCUAUCAAUGUGCCUUUUAAACAUGAUUUUUCUAAUAAUGUGUUAUAAUACAUCAAAACAGUGUUUUUCUUUUAAAGCGGUAAUUUUCUUCAUUUUAAGUUGAGUGAAUGUCUUAAGGUGUAUUGUCUAUUUUCUUAAUACAGUCACUUUCUUGGUCAUGUGUAUGCUUUUAAUCGAAAUAGACUUCUAUCACAAAUCAUGUAAGUUUUAUGCAAAUAUCUUGUUAUGCAAUACUGUGGAGAUAAUGCUUCUUUUGAAUGUCAUUGAGGUAGAGUUUGUUACCAAAUAAACAAAUCUAACAAGUC